AUGGACAAAAGCGCCAGCAGCGUCUCUGCAGCCUCGUCUAGCUUUAUCAAGCCUCACAAUCUACUGACGCUGCUAUUACUGCUGUCUACAAGUGGUUGUAUUUAUGUGGCGACAAUAUGCAUCUAUCGGCUCUUUCUACACCCAUUCGCGCAUGUUCCUGGUCCGCUGCUUGCACGACUGACUGAUGUAUAUGGUUUGUACCACGCCUGGCUCCAGGAUACCCACCUGGCCAUCCACCGCUUACAUCUUCAAUAUGGGCCGAUUGUGCGCUACGGACCCGACCGGAUUCUCGUCAAUGAUGUCUAUGGAAUGAAGGAAAUAUAUGGCUAUAAUGCCAAUUUCGCCAAAGGCAAGGUCUACGAAGCACUGAGAUUCAAUCCAGUGCACAGCGUCUUCAAUGCGACAGAUAAGAAUAUGCAUCGGAGAAAAAGAAGGCUCGUCGCGCAGGGGUUCUCAGAGGCCGCUUUGAGGGCUAGCGAGGGGUGCAUUUUGAAGCAUGUAGAUAGGUUUGUUGACGGUCUUCUGAGUGAGGAUACAGUCUCUACUAAGGAUGGGAACUGGGUGACUCCCAAGGAUCUCUCUGUUCAUGCAAACUAUCUAGCUCUAGAUAUCAUCACAGACCUGGUUUUUGGUCAAUCUACCGACGCUUUAGUCAAGCCCGACAACAGACAGUACCGACCCAUGUUAGUAUCGACCGGAUAUCGAAUGGGAAUGGCAAACCAGAUGCCCGAAGCGUUUCGAACUGGUAAAUCCGGGCAGUGGCUCGACUUGGGCACUUGGACGCUGAGCAACAUGGACAACCAGCGAGCACAAUGGGCCGGAUUGCUUCGAGGGUGGGCCAUGGAACGCAUCGAAACGGAAAAAACUCGUAUCCAAGAGCCCGAGCGCCGGGAUAUGAUGUCCACUAUUAUAAAUGCCACAGAUCCUGAUACGGGCGAGAAAUUGAGCACGCAGGAGAUUGUUGCUGAAGCGUUCACUCUUAUCACCGCUGGAUCAGACACCACUGCAACCGCCAUUUCGGCAACGCUUUUCUAUCUAUCCCGUAACCCGAGUACAUGUGAACGGGUUGUCGCGGAGAUCAGGUCUCGGUUUUCAUCUCUGGAGGAUGUCCACAUGGGACCUAUCCUGAAUGGGUGCCAAUAUCUGCGAGCUUGCAUUGAAGAGGCUCUACGCAUGUCUGCUCCCGUAAUAACCCCUCUAUACCGAGAGGCAGGCCCAGGCGGCGCUAUAGUGUGCGGGAUAUAUGUACCAGAGGGCUACGUGGCUGCUUCCGAAGCCUAUGCUCUCCAUCACAAUGAGAAAUACUACCCGGACUCUUUCUCCUACCUCCCGGAACGAUGGAUGCCUUCAUACAAAUCUGAAAAGGGGUCUAUAUCAGUAUCAUCAGAGGCCAAAACAGCCUUUUUCACUUUCUCUCACGGUACCAGAAAUUGUGCGGGGAUCAAUCUGGCGUAUCUUGAAAUUAGUCUAGCCCUCGCGAGGCUGUUGUGGUUGGCUGAUCUCCGGAUUCCAUCACAGCCGAAGCUGGCCAGGAUAGGUGGUGGGGAUAGGGGUGAUAAAGAACCAAUGCGAAGAAGAGAAAAUGAGUAUCAGUUAUAUGACGUUUUUGCUUCAGAGAAGGAAGGGCCAUUGCUGGAGUUUAGGCGACGUUAG